GGUUGAUCUAAACUGAAAUAACAAGCCAGGAAAUUCAUUCAGCCCCCGAACUUUCUUAUUCACACGAAACCACAUCCAGUUUUUGUUAUGAAAGACAUUGAUUUGCGGAGGGUCUUCCGGACGUUGCCGUACCACGCUCUCGAGCAGAUCUUGGAUGACAUUCCGAUUGAACACGCUCAGGCGAUCAGAGGUGAAUUUGACGACGAGCUAGUACAGCUUUUGUGUUUCAACCGAAUCUAUAAAGAUGUGGUGGUGAUGACUGGGGAUGAGAGGGGCGAGGUUACGACGCCGGAAUGCUUGAGACUCGGGUACGAUGCGUUCCGAGAGCUACUCAAUACGUUGGAACCCCUUCCGGUUGCGUACAAAGUCGGUAGUUUAUCGCUCACGUUCCGUGCCACCUCGCUACAUCUUUUGGACCAGCUUAAUUGUGGGGCCAAACCGAAAGGGAGGGGUGAGAUUCAGAUAAACGACAGCAGACGGGGGGAAAACCCUGAUCGGCUCAGACAUGAUCUCCUGAAUGGUGGAACGACUCAAAACAACUCCCAAGGUCUUCAAAACGAUGGAGGUAUCAGCCAAAAUAGAUCUAUUUCAAAACAUCUCCUCGAAACACGAAUCAAAAACCUCCGGCUCACACUCUCCCACUUCCCCGAUGUCCCCCAUAUUGCUGCCCUCAUCAACUUCCACAAUUUGACAACAUUCUCUCUGACAGCAGAACGAUCCAGACAGACACCGCGGUCUGUUUUCAAGUGGCGGUUUCCGGAGCGGCUCACCACCGUAUCUAUCGAAGGCUACAACUUUUCUCUCAAAGACGCGGUGUUUCCCUCGGGAUUGCAGCUUUUAAAUCUACAAAACAACGGCAUUGACUCCUUAGAGGGGGUCAGGUUUCCUUCCUCUCUACGCUCUCUAAACUUGGCCCAGAACAAGCUCACGGAUCUCAACGUGACGUUUCCUCCAACCCUCAUCGACCUCAACCUCAAGAACAACAAUCUUACCGCGGGGGUGUACCGUGACCACGUAGUGCGGAGCAGCUUGUGGCAGUUUCCACCCCAUUUGGAACGCUUGGAUUUAUCGAACAACCCCCUCGGCGACAUCGCCGGCGCAUCUGUGCACUUUCCCGAGACUUUGAUAUCGCUUCGCCUCCAGAGCGCGUGGAUUGAGCGCAUCCACAGUUUCCAGGUACCCGCGGCUCUAGAAGAGCUUUCGCUAGCGGAAAACGGAAUCAGCGACCUAUCCGGGAUUAUUUUCAACGACCGGUUGAAAAAGAUCAACCUCAACAGCAAUUCCUUGGGCGACAUCGCCUGUGUGUUCCCUGACUCGGUGGAGGAGCUCAGAAUGGAGCGGAACCAGAUUGUGUUGAGUAGCGAGUUCAAGGCACCAAAAAGCCUCAGGAUCUUGUCUUUACGGAUGUGUCUUGCGUUUGGCGAUUCAUUCCACAAGCUCCGUCUCCCAGACGGGGUCAGAUCCCUUCAGUUGUCCUAUACUGGGAUUAAAAAUAUUCGUCUGACCGUCUUUCCGAGCGAGUUGGAGGUUCUCGAUCUCUCGGGAAGCUACUUGCAAGACUUGUCGCACGUGGAUCUUUCCCACCUCGGUGGUCUCACAACCCUCAACCUCGAAAACGCCAGUAUCACCACCGUCGAACACAUGCGGCUUCCCGACUCUCUUACCACUUUGGUUAUGCUGAAGAAUCUUAUCCACAACUGGACCGGGUUUGCCCUCCCGCAGCAGUUGCGCAGCCUAAACUUGAUGCGAACGGGUUUGAAAGAGGAGACCCUUCUACGCUUCCACAACUUUGCCAGACACCCGCAUUUGCAAAGACUUACGCUUUCUUCCAACAUCAUUGAAACGUUCCCCCCUAGUUUUGAGUUUCCCCCAAAUCUAACUUUUCUCAAUCUCGAGCGCAACUCCAUCACGUCCUUAUCUUCCAUUUCCUUUCCUGCUACCUUGGAGGUCUUGCUUUGCGAUGACAACAGCAUGAAGAGCUUAGAGGGAGUGGUUUUACCUGAAAACAUCCUCCGGGUUUCGUUCCUGCGUAAUGAGAUCAGAAGCAUUGAUAACUUCCAGCUCCCCGAGCUGUUGCGGUCGCUCUCCCUCGACGAUAACCUUCUUACAAGUAUCGACCGUGUGCAAUUUCCGGCCCGGUUGGAGCGGUUGAGUCUUGGAAAUAACAAGAUCAGUCGCGUGAAUGAUGAGAGGCUACCAAGAAACUUGACAUAUUUUAACAUUCUUGGGGGAAACGUUAUCGAGAACCAUUGGUAUUGAGGAUUGUAUUUUUGGCUAAAGUAGAGAUACAGAAUAUGAUGAGUGGUGCAAGUCGAUAGGAUUAUUAGGUACAGGUGGUAUUAAAGGUCUUGCUAAGUAUGGAAGCUGAUCCAAGAUAAUGUUUACAUACUAUAUACCGAUGAUACAUAUUUUUGUAUCGAGGCAACGUGGCCGAGCGGUUAAGGCGAAAGAUUAGAAAUCUUUUGGGCUCUGCCCGCGCAGGUU